GUCUUUUGGAACAUGGAGGCACUACUAAACAAAUCAUGUAGACGAACGAACCCCAGUAAAUUUGAAACAACGAAGCCUUACAGCAUGGAACAACAACACAAAGGGUACAGCGAUGAGUGAAGGCAAAUCAGUCCAUAGCAAAUGUCAAUCCAAAUGUCAAAUUGAUCAGAUUCAGCCAAGUUGAGCCAAGUUAAAGGCGGCAAUUGAACUUAUUUGACAAAAUCGAAAAACGCCCUUCCGAAGAAUUUGAGAAGAUAAUUGAAGUCGUGAGAAUAGGAAAGUAUCCGCCGACCGGAGAAUGUCGCAGCGUUCAAAGUGACCUGUACAGUAAUUACCGAGGAAUCAAUCCCUACCAAUAUAUUUUAUACGAUCUGUAUAAGUUUUAUACGAAUAUAAUAUAAAAUAUAUAACCUAAAUAAGGUUACCAACAUGGAAUUUGAGGACGACUUUUUCUUCGAGGAGGAUAAAAUUCUAACGAACAGCUUCUUAUCGCCUCCAGACACAAUACCUUCCACCAAUACAAAUGGAGUCAACGAAGAUCUCGGUAUUUCUUUAACCGCUCUGCCUCGGGCUAACGUCGAACUGCAUCAGCUGACCAUGAUGGAAGAUCGCAUUCCAGACAUAGAACUGGUCGCACGAGACAAAGUGGUCACUGUCACCCAGCUGCCUAACAGCCAACUGGGGAUGACCAUAACUUCGGGGAAUGUCGUGAUUCAGAAAGACAGCAGCAAUUUAAUUGGGAUCAGCAUUGGAGGUGGAGCUCCGCUUUGCCCUUGUCUUUACAUUGUGCAAGUGUUUGACAACACUCCAGCUGCUGCAGAAGGCACGCUGCAAUCCGGUGACGAACUUGUUGCAAUUAAUGGGGCCUCUGUUAAGGGAAAGACCAAAGUUGAAGUGGCGAAAAUGAUUCAGGCUUGUGAUGGACAAGUCAGCAUCAAUUACAACAAACUGCAUGCUGAUCCGAGGCAAGGACGUUCCCUUGAUAUUGCUCUGAAAAAGGUCAAGCACAGACUGGUUGAGGGAAUGGGGAGUGCCACAGCAGAUGCCCUGGGCUUGUCUCGAGCUAUAUUAUGUAAUGAUGCGUUGGUUCAGCGAUUAGCUGCUCUGCAACGGACAGAAAAUUUAUACAGGGGCUUAGUGGCUCAUGCAAAAGCCACUCUACGAGCUUUUUUUGAUCUCACUCAAGUAUACAAAGCAUUUGGUGAUGCUUUUGCGGCCAUUGGUGUAAGGGAGCCUCAACCACGUGCGAGCGAAGCAUUCAGGCAAUUCGGCGAGCAACAUAGACAGAUGGAAAAGUUUGGAGUAACGAUGCUAAAGGCGGUAAAGCCCAUUUUGAGCGACCUUGGAACAUAUCUUCAUAAAGCCAUUCCAGACACGAGAUUAACGAUCAGUAAAUACGCAGACGCCAAAUUCGAGUAUCUCUCUUAUUGCUUGAAAGUUAAAGAGUUAGACGAUGAGGAGCAGAGUUACGCGGCUCUCCAGGAGCCGCUUUACCGUGUAGAGACCGGCAAUUACGAAUAUCGACUUGUUUUGAGAUGCCGACAGGAGGCGAGAUCAAGAUUCGCUAAAUUGAGGUCUGAUGUUCUCGUGAAACUUGAGUUGCUCGAUAAUAAACAUGUUCAAGACGUCGUAUGGCAGCUGCAAAAGUUUGCCUCUGGAUUAGCUAAGUGCCACGCUGAAAGCCGGGACCUCCUAUCAGAAUCUACCCUGUUUCCCGUCGAGGUCGACCUAUCGCGAUCUGCAUUCCAAUACAAAACUACAGGACCGCUUCAGUCCUUAGUGGAUAGUGAAGAUGGGGAUGAUGAAGAAGAUGUGAAAACAAAUGAAAAUGACGAAACGCCGAUGCUCGAUAUCCAGGAAAGUGUACUCUUAUCCACAGAGCCAAACCAGUUCUAGCAAUAUCACAAAAACCGAUGAGAAUUACACAUACUCUUUAGAUCCUCUUACUCUCUUGCUUUGUUGCAUAAGCUAUCGCUGAAAAGUACAUUGGAAUAAGACAAGUCCCGGUAGUUUCCACAAGUUUUAGUCGGCAUGUAGCUCGAGUUGUACGGUUUGUCUUAUUUCUUUACAGACGAUUUAAGAAGAUUGCUAACAGAGAAGUAAAUUAUAAAUGUUACCACAAAAAAACUACAGAUUUCUGUAGAAUUCUCUCUUUCAACUGGCUGAAACACACAGAGUUUAGCACAGAGAUAAGAUUUUUCGAGUUCCAUUAGUUUUAUGAAUUAUAGUCAUUAAGACUAGUCAUUCACAAAAUCAAAGAACAAGGCCUGAGUUGUGACUUUUCUGUUAAUUUUAUUUCCGGUACCCAAUAUAUUCAUGAAUACUAGAACAGAGUGUCAGUGAAAAAGUUUUUGCACAGUUGACAUUAAAUGAAUGAAUUCAAUACAUUGCUUUCAGAUCGUAUUGAUUUAAAGUUAAAUGUAAUCCCGCGAUUCAUUUUACUUGAUUACUCUAUCACGAAUUACAGUAACUUACUGAUUAUUAAUUUGCGCGGAUCUCUUAAAUUCCAUGUGUUUGAUUUAAUUUAAAUAAAUUAGGUUAUAAUGAAAGUAAAAUUCUAGUCAAAGAAAUACAUAAAUGAGGGAAAAUAAUGAAUUUCUUACAUGCAUUUCGUAUGGAACCUAAUCGAAAAUAAAGUGAUUUACGUUCGGAGCGGACUGUUACUUCGACUUUCGAGUGUAACCAGAAUCACUUGUUUUCAUUUUCCAUCGCUUCUUUUUUCCGGUAGUAUGUAUGUGUACAUGCAUGCAUACAUACAUACAUACGUGACAGCACGUAUAUGCAUUUAGUGAGAUGAAAUUUGAAGAGGACGUGAUUUACGCUAGGGAGAGAUUAUAUGCAUUGGGCAGAUACGACAAAAAAUAUAUCACACCACUACAUAAAUAUAUGUAUAAGUAUACAUUCAUGCGCGGGAACAUGUAUAUUUAACAAUUAUUUAUAGCAAAGAGUAAGACCAAUAAAGCAUAAAUUGAUGAAAAACA